AUGAAAGACACCGCUCUCCCACUGUCGCCGCAGAGCACCAGCAGCCAGGGUGGCCUGGUGGUGAGGACCAACCAGGGGGCUGAGCCUGGCCUUGGGAUGGGGCCACUCCAGGAGGAGCCUCUUGCUGAGGGACUGGCUGAGGCAGGGAGCCACCCAUGGGCCCUGGUCAGGCGGGUGCUGACAACACUCCUUCUUCUUGGCCUGCUGCUUGGCUCUUCUGUGCUUCUGGUCUACACCUUUGGGAGCUGUGGUCCUCGCCCCUGUGAAACCCCGGUAUGUCUGGACCUCCUGGCUCAGUACCUAGCCUCCAGAAACACCAGCGUGGACCCUUGCUCCGACUUCUACAGCUUUGUCUGCGGGAAGACCAAAGGGAGCAUCAACUCCUUUCAGGCACUUGCGGAAGAGAAUAGGGUCCGACUCUGGAGAAUUCUGGAGGCCCCGAGAGCCUGGCCCCCUGGUUCUGGGGAGGAGAAAGCCUUCCAGUUCUAUAGUUCCUGUAUGGACACUGAUGCCAUUGAGGCUGCAGGAGCCGGUCCCCUCAGGCAAGUUAUUGAAGAGCUCGGAGGCUGGCCGCUCUCCGGGAACUGGACUUCCCCCGACUUUAACAGAACGCUGAGACUUCUGAUGAGUCAGUAUGACUACUUUCCCUUCUUCAGAGCCUACCUGCAGCCUCAUCCCACACUUCCACACACACCAGUCAUCCAGAUAGACCAGCCCAAGUUUGAUGUCCCCCUCAAGCAGGAGCAGGAACAGAAGAUCUACGCCCAGAUGGUGAGGGAGUACCUGAACUACCUGAACCAGUUGGGCCUCCUGCUGGGAGGGGCCCCUGACAAGGUGCAAGAGCACGCUGGCCUGUCCAUCUCCAUCACUUCCAGGCUCUUCCAGUUCCUGCGGCCCCUGGAGCAGCGGCGGGCACAGGUGGUCACGAUUGCCCAGCUGCAGGAAAUGGCGCCUGCCAUCGACUGGUUGUCCUGCUUGCAAGCCAUGUUCACGCCCAUGCUCCUCAGUGCCUCACAGCCCGUCGUGGUCCACGACCUGGAGUAUUUGAGAAACAUGUCACAACUAGUGGCAGGGCUGCAACUCAGACACAGGGAAUUCCUGCAGAGUCACAUGAUUCUGGGACUGGCGGGCUCCCUCUCUCUUGCCCUGGACAGCAAGUUCCAGGAGGCCCACCAGGAGCUGAACCAGAGGCUGCGGGAGUGGAUGGAGCGCCCCCCUGUGCCCCCACGCCCCCGGUGGAUGGAGUGCCUGGAGAAAACUAGAACCUUCUUCGAGCCCACUCUAGCGGCCUUGUUUGUCCAUGAGGCCUUCAACAAGGACACCCAAAAAGCCGCCAUGGAACUCUUCUCGGACAUCAAGGACACCCUCCUGGCCCGCCUACAAAGGCUCCCCUGGAUGAAUGAGGAGGCCAGGAAUGAGGCCCAGGACCGGGUCACCCGGCUGCAGGUGAAGAUGGGAGCCCCAGAGUGGGCCCUGGAGGCGGAGCAGGCCGCACAGGGUUACCCAGAGGUGCGGCUGGGCCCCAGCUUCCUGCAGUCGGUCCUGAGCUGUGUCCGAGACUUCAGAGCAAGGGUGGUCCGGAGCUUCCUGCAGCCGGUGCCCCACCACAGGUGGCGCGUGCCCGCCUGGGGCGUCAGCGCUUACUACUCCCCCUCGGACCACGUGAUGGUCUUCCCCGCUGGGCUUCUGCAGCCUCCCUUCCUCCACCCCGGGUACCCCAGGGCUGUGAACUACGGCGCGGCGGGCAGCAUCAUGGCCCACGAACUCCUGCGCCUCUUCGACCAGCUCUUGCUCCCUGGGGGCUGUCGGGCUUGUGACUGUGACACCUGCGGCCUGCAGCGGGCACUUCUGUGUCUGGAGCGCCACUAUGCAGCCCUCCCCCUGCCGGGGGGUACCUCCUUCAACAGCUCCCACAUGCUCCUGGAGAAUGUGGCCGACGUGGGGGCACUGGCCAUCGCUCUGCAGGCUUACAGGAGGAGGCUUCUCUGGCACAGGGGAGAGACCACCCUGCCCCGCCUUGGCCUUAGUCCGCAGCAGCUCUUCUUCCAAAGCCAUGCCCAGAUGAUGUGCAAGGAACCCUGGUCCCAGGGCCCACAGGGCCAGCACAGCCCCCCCCAGCUGCGAGUCCACGGGCCACUCAGCAACACCCCAGCCUUCGCCAGGCACUUCCACUGUCCACAAGGAACCCUCAUGAACCCCACCAGCCGCUGUCAGCUCUGGUAA